GUUUGCAUUCUCCAUUGUGCUUGCGAAGCUGUGAUGCUCGCUGUCGCGGCGGUAGCGAUAGCUAAAAUGGCGUCGGGUGCCAUUUCAGUCGAGUCGAAGAAAAUUGUGGAUUUGCGUGUUAUUGAUCUAAAAACAGAGCUCAAGCGCAGGAAUUUAGAUGUCACUGGCGUGAAAAAUGUUCUUAUCGCCAGAUUGAAGCAGGCAAUUGAGGAUGAAGGGGGCGAUCCCGACAAUAUUGAAAUCCCCAUCUCAGUUGACACCCCAACCCGCAAGGGUGCAAAAACCAAAGGAAAGAAAGUAGACUCGGACACAGACAACCCUACAGAGGAGGAAUCCUUCUGCAAGGAGACGGAAGAGGAAGAGUCUGAGAAAGAUGUUACUGAUACCGAUGACGGUACUCGUGACAAUUCUAAAGCGCUACUCAGCGAAGACGGCCUCCCAGAGGCCGAUAACGCAGAGGAGAUGGAAAGCGAAGCCCCCGCCGACGGUGGCCCUCAAGAGGCCGAGCCGGAGGCCGAGGCAGAACCUGAGCUGCAGGCUGAGUGUGAGCCCGAGCCCGACGCAGAGGACGAUAACAUAUCCGUCACUAUCCAGGCCGAAGAUGCCAUCACCCUGGAUGUGGAUGGGGACGACCUCCUGGAAACAGGUAAACAUGUGAAACUUCCAGAUACGGAGGCCGAGAAGGGUACGGACGAGCCGGAGCCCUCUAGCCAGACGAGCCCUGAGGAUGAGGCCAAGGCCGAGGCCAAGGACGGCCACAAGGAUGGCAAGAAGGAGGACUGCCUCAAGCAAGACGCCGGCAAGAAGGAGAGCAGAGAGGCCUCGAAGAAAGCCGAAACUGGAGACAAAGAGAAGGAUUCUGGGAAGAAAGGCCCCUCAUCUACUGGGGCGGCAGGUCAAGUUAAGAGCUCCUCCAAGGACAAGGAUGGGAAGGCAACAAAAGAUGACAAAGGUGGAGCCAGUGGUGGUGGAGCAGGUAGCUCUACUCGCAACCUGUGGGUGAGCGGUCUGUCCUCCAACACUAAAGCAGCCGACCUCAAAAACCUCUUUGGCAAAUAUGGCAAGGUAUUUAGUGCUAAGGUGGUGACCAAUGCCCGCAGUCCUGGCUCCAAGUGUUAUGGUCUGGUCACCAUGUCGUCUAGCGCCGAGGUGACCAGGUGCAUCUCUCACCUGGAUCGCACUGAGCUGCACGGGCAGCAGAUCUCUGUGGAGAGGGUGAAGAGUGAUCCGUUCAAGAAGGAGUCCUUCAAGAAAGAGGGCGAAGACAAGAACAGCUCUGGGAAAACCUCCGGAGACAAGCGCACUCCCACCAGCACCAAGACCACCAGCAAGACCCAGACUUCUGCCAAGAAAGACGAGAAGAAGUCUGACAAGCCGUCUGAGAAGGACGGAAAGGACGUCUCCAAGAAGCAGGACUCCAAGAGUGGCAAAUCGGACGCCCCCUCCUCCAGCUCCACAGCAGACGCCUCCAAGAAGGACGACAAGAAGAAGCACGGAGACAAGAGCCCAAGUAAGCUGCUGGUGAUUGACCAGGCCAAAGGAGAGAACUUCAACAUGAGGCCGCCCAUGAGACGUGGACGCUUCGAGAAGCCUGGCUUCCCCAACAUGGCCGGCCGUCGGCCCAGAUGGUUCAUCCCCCCACAGCAGAUGGAUCUGAUGAAGCACAAGGGGCGCGUGUUCCCGGGGAAGGUGGGCAGUAAGGACAUCCUGCCCUUUGAUAAGAUGAAGGAGCAGAAGAUGAGGGAGAGGCUCGUCCGGCUCGAGCGCUUCCACCGGGCCAUGGAGCUGCGCAGGCGGCGUGAGAUGGCGGAGCCGAGCUGCCGGCGGAGCGCAGGGCGUGCUCACAGGAGCGUUGAGGAGGCUGGAGAAUUGAUGAGGGAGGGCAGCCUGGAGGUGGAGCGGCAGAAACUGGAGCGCGAGCGCAUGGAGAGGGAGCGCCUCGAGAGGGAGCGCAUCCGCAUCGAACAGCGGCAUAAGGGAAGUGAGGAGCGUCUGGCCCGUGAGAGGGAGGAGUUGAGGAGACAGCAGGAGCAGCUGCGUUAUGAGCAGGAGAAGAGAAACAACCUGAAGAGGAGCAGAGAUGUGGACAACAGGAGGGAUGACCCGUACUGGAACGGCAGUAAGAAGGUUCCCCCAGAGCCGGAAGGGCGGAUGAAUCAGGGUUCCGACUACAACCGCCAGCAGAACCGCUUCAACGAUUUCACACCGCGUGACCGCAAUCGCUACCCAGAAUCCUCUGCUUCCCAGCCCAACACCUUUGACAGACGCGGGCGCUUUGACAGCGACUCUGACGCCAAGAAGAGUCGCCCUGCGCAACGGCGUGAGGGCUCUGGGUUCGACCGCUACCCUAAGACCUUUGACCCCGUGAGGCGUCAGGAGCCGCCACCCCCUCCUCCCCAGCGUGCCGAGAUGCGACGGCGAGCCAUGCGCAUCAGCUGACGCACUGCCACACUCCCUGACCGGCCGCCCCGGGGUCAAGGCACCGCCCAACCUUGGUCCUCCGGCCACCCUGCCCCCUGUCGAGAGUUCUCGACGCAAGACACGCACACGCACUCCAGCUGGAAGAGCGACGGGGGAAUGAGCUCCAAGGGAGACCUGCGUGGAGCGGUGCGGAUGCGUCCAGAGCGCUCAGACAGAGAUGGUCCCAGCGGCCCGCCCAUCAGAGGAGCCUCCUCAGCCACCAGAGGCAGGAGUAGCUUCAGCAGCAGAGACUCCAGCGCACCCAUGGUGAUGGGAGACCAGGUAUGCACACACACACACACACACACACAUAGGCUUGUGGUGGUUGAGCGUCAUGGACGAGAGCCCGGCCCCAGGAAGGAGUGGGGUGGAACCUCUCACGGCGGAGGUCACUCCUCCAGCUUCAGCGACGGCCGCAGGAUGGCCGACACACACACAAGGCCCGGCAUGAUGGCCCCUCAUUCCAGUCAUUCCUCCAGUGGCAUGAAUCGGAUUGUGCAGAUCACCAACUCUUCCCUGUCCCCUGGUAACGUUGGCGGCUUCAAGUCCUUCAAAGGAGCACCCCGCCGGUUCUAGAAGUUUCUACCGACCCUGACCCCUAACGAACUUGAACUUUC